AUGGCAACAACUCCAAGAAAAAAGAGGUUUUCUUUAUUCGGAACUCAACAAAAUAAUUCCAUAAAUACUGGAUCAUCACUUCUCACAAAUUAUUUUCCUAAUACCACUUCUAUCCGAGACGAUAAAUUUUUAACAUCAGAUGAUAUUAAAAAAUCCAUAGAAAUUUUCGAAAGAAUAGUUUUAUCAGCAAAUGAUUAUUGCGAUUCCAUCGAUAAAUUAGGUAAAACUUCAAAGACAUUUAGUAAAGCGCUUAAAGAAUAUGGAAAUAUUAAAGGAAUGGAUACAUCACACGUAACAUCGUUCCAAGCGACAUCCCAAUUUUUUGAAAUUUAUGCUGAAAUACAAUCAAAAUUAAAAGAAGAAAGAGCGCAUAAUGAUUAUAUUUCUGAUUUGGAUAGACAAUUAAACAAGGUCACAUUGGAAUACGAAAAGAAAACGAAAAAAAAUAUCCCCGAUUCAUAUGAUAAAUAUAUAAAUUCCGUGACAUUAGUCAAUUCUGACAUUGCGCGAGCGCGUGCAGAAUACGUGACACAAAUUUCGAAAAGAGAGAGAAACACGCAUGACAUCAUUGCACAAAUUAUUUGUCGAAUUAUAGAGAAUCAAAAUAAUUCAUUUAAUGAUUCUAAUAAAAGAUGUGGACCAAAUGAAAGUAAAAUCUCUAAAUCAACUAAACCAACUAAAGAAAUCUCGAUGAUUACACGAAAAUUAUCAAAAAGAGCUUCACACAAAGUUUCGCAAUCUUUCGCAACUAUAUCAGAAUUACAAGUAGCUGCAAUGAAUUAUUUUUCUUCUGAAUUUAAUAAACCUAUACAUGAAGAGCCGGAAGAAGAUUAUAUUUCAAAAUCUUCAUUACCACCACAAAUUCCUCCUCCUGCUUAUAGUUUUGAUACUCGAUACUUAGUUUGUUCAUUUCCUACUGAAUUACCAACUCGUAUUUCACCUUCUACAUCACCUCGAGAAUCUAUAAACUUCGAAAAUAAUAAUAAUGAUUCUGGAACAAGAAAAACAAGAGAAGAAAGUGGAGAAAGAAAAGAAUUUGAGCAAAGAAAAAAAAAUCAUCAUCAACAUACGCAUACUCAAUCAGAUGGAAAUAUUAAAUAUGAAAAAGUAUCUAAAAGCAAUUCCUCCUCGAACAGUUAUCAAUUCUGUCGUUCCCAUUCCCCAACUUCAAUAACUCCAAUAACUCCUAUAACCCCUACUACCACCACUUCCACCUCCACCUCUACCACUUCAAAUUCUGAAGAUUACUUUAAUAUAAUAGUGACUCCAUCAACUCCACGUAACAUUCCAAGAUCGAAACAAGGUCAUUUUAGUACUUUAUUAUCCCGAUUUGAUAUCGAAAAUCCUCACCACCUUACUCGAUCUAUGAGUCAAACUUCAAAAACAAGUGAAGAUUAUUUCUUUAGAAAUCAAACUAAAAGAUCUAGUGAAGAUUAUAGUUACAAUAAUAAUCGAUAUGAAGAAGAUGUUAUGGAAAGAAGUCAUUCAAGUAACGAUAUAUUUAAAGAUGAAAUGUAUCAUCAAGAACCAUUACCUAAUGAAAAUAUUUUUUCUUCAUCACCAACUAAGCAAGAAGAAUGUAAUUGUCAUAAUUGUCAGCAAAUUGCUGAAAAAGUGGAUUUAUCUUUGGAUCCAUUAAAUGAUUCUUCAACGUUUGGAAGGAAAAGUAUUGGAGAAAAUAAUGAAAAAAAUGUUGUAGAUGAUUUUGAAUAA